GGCGGGCGGGGGGCCGCUCGGCGGCCUUUCGCGUCCGCGGAGCCGGGCGGGCCUAUGGCCAAGAGGCGCGCGGAGGAACCCCUGGCCUUCCACGCGCCCUGGAAACGGUUCCGCUCGGAAGAACCGGCAGGGCCGAUCAUGGCGGGCCGCAGGCUGAGUGCCUUCGGGCAGUCCAGCAAGAGGAAGCGGGAGGAGGCGGCGGCCCUGCUGUCGGAUUCGCCCUGGAAGCGGCACAACCUGCUGAGGGUGCUCCGAGGCGGCGACGAGGGACGCCAGGAGGAGGAGGAGGAGGGCAGUGAUGAGGGAAGUGGCGGCGAGGAGGAGGAGGAGCGCGGUGAGGCGGCCGGCGGCGAGGAGGAGCGCGGUGAGGCGGCCGGCGGCGAGGAGGAGCGCGGAGAGGCGGACGGCGGCGAGGAGGAGCGCGGAGAGGCGGAAGGAGGCGGCCGGCUGACAGGGCCCCCACAGCCGAGGGAGGAGGAGGAGGAGGAGGAGGAGUCAUCAUCUGGACCGGACGAGGUCGCUGACGACGGGCGAGAGGCGUGGCUGGCCUCGGCCGGGCCGGGGCUCCUUGAGCCCAAUGAAGACUUUUGGCAAUAUAAUUCAUUCCUGUACUGGAGAAGUCCAAUACCAGCUAUUGAUCUGUCAGAUUUUUUGAAUUCUAGUGGAGAGACCAUGCAAGAAUGAAGUCAUUUGAGGCUGAAAUAUAUCCUGAUAGAGAUUUGAUACUGAUGUAUUGUAGUUAAUGUAUCUAAUUGCAGGGUGUUCAUCUCUAAAUUGAUCUAUGUUCUGUUCGUUAUUUCAACUAAGAUUUGAGUGCCACAGUACUCUUCCAAAUCCGGAAAAGUGAGGAAAAACCUUUUUUUAAAAUGUGCCUUCACUCACCGCUGAACUCUUUUGCAUAGGGUCUCCAGGUAGUUCAGAAAAAAAAGUUCAGUUAUAUCAGAAGUAUUUUAAAAAGUAGAUUCUUAAAGAAGAAAUAUCUGCAGGCAUUCGUAAGUGGACCUAAAAUAAUUUAUAGUAAUGUCAGAAGUAGAGAACUGCCCUUGCACCUUCAACCUUAGCAGAAUUGUUUUAACUGUUGUGAUUGAUGAGCUUUUCAUUCAUCCCUGUUAUUGAUAAACAUGUUACAUUUUCACUGCCUCUAGUCAUCUACCUUCUUUAGUUGAACCAAAAAAUGAUUUGCAAGCAAAAUUGAUGACUUCUUGAAUGUUCUCUUUCUGAAAACUACUGGUCCAUUUUUGCCCAAUACUUCUGGCCCGUAAAGAGCAGAACACAUCUAGAACUGAUUUUACAUGUCUGCCUAGCUUUCUAUUUAUCAUUUAAUUUAAAUGUCUUGAGUUGUCACAGUAGCAUUUGGAGACAGGUAUACAGCUAUGAAAAAUCAUUAAAGGGCUCCAUUUUUUCAAGGUCUACAGAAGAAAUGCUAUUGAAUCCAAUACAACAUUGUUUUUUUCUUUUAAACAUGUUUUAUUUAGUCCAAUGCCUCUUAUUGAGUUUUUAUCUUAUUUCCAAUGUAUUGUGGUAAACUUGGCCAGCGUUCCAGAAUAAUAAAAUUUGCAACCUGCAGC